AUGGGCAAGUGUGACAACAAGUCUUUCUGCAAUGCAGAUGAUGGGCCUAUGUACACACCCGAGAACGUCACCGACACCUUAGAAGUCUGGGCUCCGGAAUGCACAUCAAAGCAACUCCUGGAAGCCUUCAAGGAGUUUAGUGCGGCGCAGCCAUUCUCGCUGGUUACCUUCAGGUCACGGCCAGGUAAAGAAGGUCAGGAGACGUUGAACCUGAAGGCUUGGUGGCUACCGGCCCCCGGGGACGACGGCAGCACACCCCGCAUCGUCGUCCAGCACGGGAACAACGUUGACUUCAACGACAACACCGUCAUGCUCACUGCUUACCUUUUGCGGUCUAUCGGCUUCUCUGUCUUGCUGCCGAAUCUCCGGCACCACGGAAUCCACCGCGUGGGUCAGAGAAUCCGCUGGGGCUACGAUCUCUUUUUGGAUGUCCUGGGCGCCUGGGACUUUGCAGUAGAGGAUCCGGAGGGCUUGCUUGGCGGAGCGCUGGAUAAGAGAAAGGUGGGAGUGAUGGGCAUUUCCAUGGGCGGCUUUGCAGCCUUUACGGCCUUUGGCUACGAGCCCGACAUCCCUGCAGCGUGGAUUGACGCAGGUGUUUAUGACCUCCAGGACGAGCUUAGCUUCCAGAUCUCUGCAGCCUUGCCACUGGGUCCCGCCGAUCCUGCUUUGGCAUUGGCCAAAUGGCUUGGCUGGCAGUUCGCUAGCUUCUUCGCCGGGGCAGACAUCGGCCUCUAUGAUCCCAUAGCAAUGGUUGCCAAGGGAGCAUCGAGCAAUUUGAGACCGCGUGCUGUCCAAGUCGUCCAGGGGUUGAACGACAGCAUGGUGCCACCCAGGCAGUCACAUGCUUUGGUCGAGGCACUCCACGCCCACGGUGGAGUGUACAACGUGAGCACUCUCUUCAAGAUGUACUCGUGCGGUGGGGAGCAGUUUCCAUUCCCCACCCAUGUCCAGAUGCACACAUGGAGGCCAAACCUCUACCGAAGCGAGCUUUGUCGGUUUUGGAGCUCUGCUUUUGAGCUCUCCGCGAAGCGCUGCGAACUGAGCAGCCUCCCUCGCUUUCCGGAGUGUGCCGAAGCGGUGUGCCCAGAGUCUCCCGACAGAGCAGAGCCCGAGGUAUUCCCAGUGGCCCGGGCAUACAAGGAGGCCAUUUACUCCUUCGCCGAUGAGUGGGGUUUCGUCAUCGCAAACAGCGACCCUUCGGCCAAGGCACUGACAGCAGAGGAGGUAGAUCGUCGCAUCGCGGAGCGGGUGCCAGGAUCCCUUCAGUUCUUGGACGGCGAGAGCUACACAGGAAUUUACUGCCUGUCGAAGCGGAUGAGAAAGGACCUUUCGGAAGAGACCCGGGUCUUGUCUCGGGACAACCCGGCUGUGUUCCUGAAGCACAUGGAGGGGGUGAGCCAGUAUACCAAGGAUUCGGAUGCCUCGCAGAGCAAGGGCUAUGCGUGA